AUGUCUUUACGCUAUGGUCUCCCUACACCUCCGCCACUCAGCAACGAGGAAUACAAGGAGUAUGUCGAUUCGGUGAUCCCUUGCGCGUCCAAAUCGACGGUGAAUCAUCAAAGCCGCAAAGAGCCCGCCAUCCGCUAUGAGCGUAAGAUGGGCGACACCGAGCUAUCCUAUUUCCUUCCCUCUCGUCAGUAUCUGCAUCUUGGAUUCCACGCGCCGGAACGUCUGGUGCGUCGCGCGCGUGUCUGUAUCGUAUGGGCCAUUUUGCGGUUGCGCCAUCCGCUCCUUUCUGCGAGCGUUGAGAUGCACGACUACGACGACGUACGCUUUCUGUAUGAUGCUCCGUCGUCUGUUGACGCCGCUCUGGCUAGCGCCAAUGCAAAUUUGGAGUAUCGGGCAGACACGAAAGACGAGCUUAUUGACUCUUACCUCAACGGCUCUCGCACACUCUCUAAUGAACGUCUCUCGUACCUUGUCGUUUCCCAACCCGCGGAUUCGAUCAUGCCCACCCCGCCACGCACGCCUUCGCCGUCACGCACAGCCCGUACAAAUACAGAAGUGGCACAAUCAGAAUCUGGAGAGUAUCAGUAUGACUUGCUCAUCUGUGCCAUGCACUUCCUAGGCGAUGGCAUGGCUCUUCAUCAGUUCGCUAACGACUUCUUCGGUCUGCUUGGAGGAGAGCACAGUGACGAAGAUCUCACCGACAUGCUUCGUUUGGAAUGGGAUGUUCGGUGGGGUACUAAUACCUACCGCUCCGAUGGCAUCAUUCCAGCUACCCUCGAAGACAGUCUCCCAGUGCCUUCCACAUCGAGUUUCAGGCGCGCCGCAGAGCAUGUCGAUUUCCAACUCUCGCAGUCAUCUUUGCUUGGUGGUCAGACAUUCCCUAAGCAGAAGCAUCCCGAGCGGCAUACUGUUGUACCUACGUUUUCCAUUCCCCACUCGCGUACCAAAGCAAUUCUGAAGAAGUGCAAGGAGCAGGGAGUAAGCAUCAGCGCGGCACUCUUCGCGGUGUGCAAUGUGGCCUGGGCUCGCAUGGGUGGUGGGAAGAAAGAGCUUCCAGCGAUGAUGUACUCCGCUUUGAACCUGCGCCCAUACUUCGCCAGAGCUUCCCAGAAGGUAGCAGAAAAGGCGCUGUGGGACUCAUAUUGGUUCCUCGCGAUCGGCUAUUUCAACGUCGUCCUCCCGAACUUCCUUCCAGCAGGUGCGCAGGAAGCCACGUUUUGGCACCGCGCGCGACAGGCAAAAGCGCAGAGCGCGGGGGCAGCGAAAAACCGAUUCAUCGUGUCACGGACGCGGGAGAUGGCGAAGGAGCGUGGCACGCGUGCGCGUGCGUGGGGAAAGGAAGAUGACGAGCGCGAGCGAGGGACGUGGGUUCCUCCAGCGGAUACUCCCAAGCCCCCCUCGGUAAAAGAUAUCCUCCCAGCUCGUGCACCAGUUCCAUCUGCUGCGCUUAUUGGGCUUUCACUUCUGGGUAACCUCGACGGGACGUACGCGCACGCAACAUUUCCUGCAAUCAAGUUGCACACGCUCACCACGGGGUCAAGACAGAGGCACGGAGCGAUGCUGCUUUUCGGGUACACAUUCAAAGGGAAAUUGUGGGUAAGCCUCGGAUACGACGAGAACGGAUUUAAAGAAGGUGUUGUUGAGAGGUUCUGGGAGGAAGUCGAGAAUUGUGUGGAGGAAUUUUUGGGUUGA